GAUACAGCCAGGAGUACACUCAGUCUAGCUUGGAACAUAGAGUAGCUUUUUUUGUACCUCUUAUCAGGGUGUUUGACAGUUUGUUGAUAAUUGUGAGACCUCUGUUGUUUUGGAACAAGACUCUGUACACUGUUUCAGACUAGAAGGACAGACAAAGAGACAUAGACAGAAAGAAAAGAGAGAGACACACAAAGCAAUAAACACACAGACAUUCAGUGUUGGAAGACAGCCAUGGGAGUUGAGGAGCAGAGGGCUGGGGAGUUUUACGUGGAGAGGGAUGUUAUGAACGAGCUAUGCUUGGACAAGUUGGCCAGAAGACGGACUCACUCCACCAGACCUCCCCUGAAGGAACGGGUGAAAGAUUCCCUCAGGUGUUCAGUGCCCAAGCUGAAGCGUUCUGUGCUGAGCUUUAUACCUAUCCUGUCAUGGCUGCCUCGUUACUCAGUGAGACAAGACGCACUGGGAGACCUCAUAUCUGGCAUAAGCGUUGGCAUCAUGCACCUGCCUAUGGGUUUGGCCUAUGCUCUGCUGGCCUCUGUGCCCCCAGUGUAUGGCCUCUACACUUCCUUCUACCCUGUACUCACGUACUGCAUCUUUGGCACCUCCAGACACAUCUCCAUAGGCACAUUUGCUGUGACCAGCAUCAUGAUAGGCACCACAACAGAGAGGCUGGCCCCAAACAGUAACUUCAUGACUCUAAAUGGAACCAAUGGGACUCAAGUUCUAGAUGUAGUAGCCCGGGAUGCCUUAAGAGUACAGAUAGCAGCCAGCACCACUUUUCUGAGUGGGAUCUUUCUGUUUCUGCUGGGCAUGAUUCGGUUUGGUUUUGUGGUGACGUUCCUGUCAGAUCCCCUGGUACGUGGUUACAUGACAGGAGCAGGUAUACAGGUGGUACUUUCCCAACUCCCAAGCCUCUUUGGGAUCCGCGUUGGACGCUUCUCCGGACCUCUGUCUCAGGUCUAUCUCCUAAUAGAUAUCUUUAGACAUCUGCCAGAGACUAACAUUGCGGCCGUGGUGGUAACUCUAGUGGCCUUGGCGGUCCUCAUAGCGGUCAAAGAACUCAACAUUUACUUUGAGAAGAAAAUGCCUGUGCCCGUUCCAAUAGAACUCAUAACGAUCAUAGUAGCAACACUUAUCUCUUACUACUGCAAACUGAGCAGCCUAUACAAAGUGGCCGUCAUCGGACAGAUCCCCAAAGGACUACAGCCUCCCAGUUCACCUGACGUUAGUCUGUGGGGUUCUAUAGUUGGUGACGCAUUCGCAGUUGGCAUAGUGGGAUAUGCCGUUAACAUCUCCUUGGGAAAAAUCUUUGGCCAAAAACACGGCUACACUGUGGACAGCAACCAGGAGAUGGUGGCUGUUGGUCUCUGUAACAUAGUGGGAGGAUUCUUUCAAUGCCACGUUGUUGCCGCUUCUCCGCCCCGUACCCUCCUCCAGGAUAGCACUGGGGGCAAGACACAGGUUGUGGGGAUGAUUUCUUCAGUACUUGUGCUGAUCUUCAUUCUGCAACUGGGGACACUGUUUGAGGAGCUACCCAAGGCUGUCCUGGCCUGUAUAGUGCUUGUGAACCUGAGAGGCCUUUUUAUGCAGUUUAAAGACAUUCCUGAACUCUGGAAGAGCAAUAAGUUUGACCUGCUGGUGUGGUUGGUAACUCUGGUGUGUACUGUCUUGCUGAACCUGGACCUCGGCCUAGCUGCAUCCAUCGGCUUCUCUAUGCUCACUGUCAUCUUCAGAACACAACUGCCGAGGUACUCUAUCCUGGGGCAUGUUCCUGGGACUGAGCUCUACCUGGAUACAGAAACAUAUGAGGAGGCUAAAGAGAUACCAGGUAUCACCAUCUUCCGUUCCUCCACCACAAUGUACUAUACCAACGCUCAGCUAUACCUGGACGCACUGCAGGAGAAGAGUGGAAUUGACAUUGGAAUGCUGCUGAUGAAAAAGAAGAAAAGAGACACUGAAGAAAAGAGAAAAGACGAGAAAGAAAAAAACAAAGCCAAAAAAGAGGCAAAAAAGAAUGGUGUGAAUGGAUGCCUACCCAACAAUACAGUCCAUCCAGAUGACAAGAGGGAUGAAGAGAAAGGUUCCCCAGACCUGAAAUUGAACCAGACAGCCAUUGCCCUAGUUGACCGACCCAUCAACGGACAGGUGAACUGGGGUUUUGAGCAGCAAGGUAACCGGUUCGACCAGGACUCUAAAACUGAUAUUCAUGGCGAUGAUCACAUGACCCAGAUGUCCAGUACCGGAAGAGAUGGAGAGAUGGGGAGGACCUCCGUCAACAACACACACACCAUCAUCCUGGACCUAUCCACAGCCAACUUUGCUGACACGGCCACUGUGAAGACACUGAAAAAUAUAUUCCUAAACUACAGAAAGAUUGACAUUGACAUUUAUUUAACUGGAUGCCAAGUCUGUGUGGUGGAGCAGUUAUCGAGUGCAGGCUUCUUCUCUGAGUCCAUCCCUAAAAGCUGUCUGUUCACUACGAUCCACGACGCGGUGCUACACAGCCUCCAACUGCAUGGGGCCUCAGGCGUACCCAUCAUCUACGAGUAUGCUCUGGACUUGACCUGCACUACCAAGAUGUAACCAACAGGGAUCACUUUGUUCCCCUUCCACUCCACCUUCAUCUGCCUGGCUUCCCAUUGGUUCCCCUCACCUCUUUCCUCUCCGUGAAAGACAAUGCACCACCGUGUGUGUUUUGCCGGUUGGACCAAGGCAGUUCCCCCUUCAUGUUAUGUUAAAUAACUAAACACAAAAUACCUCCCCGAAAUAAAACUAUAAAACUCCCCAAUAUAUUUGUCAGCCACCUAAGAUGUGUCGUCUAGUCAGCAGUUCACUUCACCUCCCCAUCCCCGUCCCUCCCUUUAAUCCAUUCCUCCUAGGGCCAGUGUGUCCCAGACAGUAGUAUGUCCUGUACGUCAGGGGCCUUCUCCCAUAUAUAUAUACACAUACACACACAUACAUACAUAUAUAUACAUACAUAUAUAUAUAUACAUACACACACAUACAUAUAUAUAUACACACACACAUACAUAUAUAUAUAUACAUACAUACAUAUAUAUAUAUACAUACACACACACACACACACAUAAAUAUACUUAUAUAUUUAUAUACAUACACACAGUUCCAGUCAAAAGUUUGGACACACUCAUUCAAGGCUUAUUCUUAAUUUUUACUAUUUUCUACAUUGUAGAAUAAUAGUUAAGACAUAAAAACUAUGGAAUCAUGUAGUAACCAAAAACGUGUUAAAUCAAAAUAUGUUUAACAUUUGAAUUUCUUCAAAGUAGCCACCCUUUGCCUUCAUGGCACACUCUUGGCAUUCUCUCAACCAGCUUCAUGAGGUAGGCACCUAGCAUGCAUUUCAAUUAACAGUUGUGCCUUGUUAAAAGUUAAUUUGUGUAAUUUAUUUCAUUCUUCAUACAUUUGAGCCAAUCAGUUGUGUUUUAAAAAAUAAAGAAAAACCCUUGAAUGAGUAAGUGUCCAAACUUUAGACUGGUACUGUAUAUAUAUAUAACACCCUUGCCUUUCAUGAACAAACACUCACACUUGCCUUUUUUUCUCUUUUUGCACUGACUUUGCUGAUAGCUACUUUGAGGAAAAAUGUACUUACUCUCACUGAGAUGUGGUUGUCCCACCUAGCUAUCUUAAGAUGAAUGCACUAAUGGUCAGUUGCUCUGUAUAACAUUGUCUGCUAAAUUACUAUAAUAAAAUUGGCUCUAGCUAACUCCUCUGUCUCUCAUAAGCUAGGGUUAUACGGUUUCAAUACCAAGGGGAAACAUACAAUGGGUAAUUUCUUAGGCCUCAUUGCUGAUUUUGAAAAUUAUGUAAAUCAUGGUAGUUCAAUAUCCACUGAAUGAGUAUGAAUAGCAGCUAUUCACUCUUAUCCAAAGGUGUUUCUAUCAUAUCACUGACAACUUUAGCAUUUUAGCAACAACACAGCAUCCUUCUCCUAAUCCAGCUAACGUUAGCCACAACAAAUUGGAAUUUGUAACAUAUCAUACAGUCCAGGUUGGCAUCACGUAGCCUUGAGCCACAUCUAUACAUUGUGUAUUUCAGGGUCAAAUGGAGUAUAGUUCUUCCCUAGUUUGAACACUGUUAUAGAGCUAAUCUCUUUGUAUCUUCCUAAAGAGGAUGUGAAUAAUUCAUGUUAAUGUGCAUUUUGAACAUUUUACUAAAUUGUUCAUUUCCUGAUCUACUUUGAAUACGAUUUGUAAUUUUCUAGCAUUGAUCGAACACACACUCCAAUAUCUUAAAGUCAAAAUUCUUGUUUGAGUACAUGGCUAAAUAAACUUGAGUAAAAUGAGCAGA